GCGCGGAGUCCGGGGCGGGCGGCGCGCGGGGCAGCGGGCGCGACACGCACCGGCACCAGCGGCUCCUCCCGCGGCGGCCGCCGCCACCUCCGCGCACCGGGACGGAGCGCGACGCGCCGGGUGAUCUUGAGUUCUUCUUAACUUGCUAGUGCUCAGCCUCCUCAUGCCUCCAUCUCCUUUAGACGACAGGGUAGUAGUGGCACUUUCGAGGCCAGUGAGACCUCAGGAUCUCAACCUGUGUUUAGACUCCAGCUUCCUUGAAUCUGCUUCUUCUGCUGGUGAGAGCCACUCCAGUCUGCUUGGCGGAGUUGUCGUGUCCCUAAAGACUGCUAAUCUCACGUAUAUGCCCUCAUCCAACGGCUCUGCACGCUCUCUGAGUUGUGGAUGCAGCAGUGCCAGUUGCUGCACUGUGGCAACUUACGACAAGGACACUCACGCCCAAACUCAAGUGAGCACCAGUAGCACCCACACCGGAGCCUCCCCCGCCUGCCCUACCAACCAAAUGGUCAACAGCAAUGAGAACACCGGCAGCCUGAGCCCGCUGGGCGGAGUUGGGAGCCCUGUCUUGGGCAGCACCAAGCAACUCGCCAGCAUCAAAAUCAUCUACCCCAAUGAUCUGGCCAAGAAGAUGACCAAAUGCAGCAAGAGCCACCAACAGAACCAAGGUCCUGUCAUCAUUGACUGCAGGCCCUUCAUGGAGUAUAAUAAGAGCCACAUUCAAGGGGCUGUCCACAUUAACUGUUCUGACAAGAUCAGCCGGAGAAGGCUUCAGCAGGGCAAGAUCACAGUCUUGGACUUGAUCUCCUGCCGGGAAGGCAAGGACUCCUUCAAGAGAAUCUUUUCCAAAGAAAUUGUAGUUUAUGAUGAGAAUACCAAUGAGCCAAGCAGGGUGAUGCCUUCCCAGCCACUCCACAUAGUGCUGGAGUCACUCAAGCGAGAAGGCAAGGAGCCCUUAGUCCUAAAAGCUUUAAAAAGUCUACAGCCUGCCUGGAUAAAUUCCCACUUGAUUCACUGCAACAGAGAAGAGCUGCUUCUAAUUAAAGGAGGACUCAGUGGUUUCAAGCAGAACCAUGAAAACCUCUGUGACAACUCCCUCCAGCUGCAAGAGUGCCCCGAGGGGGGAGGAGGGAGCGGUGCCUCCGCUGUGCCCCCCGUGCUACCUCAGUCCAUCCCCACCACGCCAGACAUUGAGAACGCUGAGCUCACCCCCAUCCUGCCUUUCCUUUUCCUCGGAAACGAGCAUGAUGCUCAGGACUUGGAGAAAAUGCAGAGGAUGAACAUUGGCUACGUCAUCAACGUGACCACUCACCUGCCCCUGUACCAUUAUGAGAAAGGCAUGUUCAACUACAAGCGGCUCCCAGCCACUGACAGCAACAAGCAGAAUCUCAGGCAGUAUUUUGAAGAGGCUUUUGAGUUUAUUGAGGAAGCUCAUCAGUGUGGAAAAGGUCUCCUCAUCCACUGCCAGGCUGGUGUCUCCCGAUCUGCCACCAUCGUUAUUGCAUACCUAAUGAAGCACACACGCAUGACCAUGACAGAUGCCUAUAAAUUUGUCAAAGGAAAACGACCAAUCAUUUCCCCCAACCUUAACUUUAUGGGGCAGUUACUGGAGUUUGAAGAAGACCUGAACAAUGGAGUCACCCCACGAAUCCUCACACCAAAGCUGAUCGGUGUCGAGACUGUCGUGUGACGGCCAUGCUGCGAGGGGGUGGAAUGUGUUCUUCACCUGAUUUGGGGCAGUGAUGGGUGGUUGUGGGGUUUUCUUUUUAGCUUUCAAAGGGGAGUUUUGUGGCAAACUUUUUGUGAAUAAAAACCUUUUUUUGUAAGGAAAGGUUUUUAAAAGAUCCAAGAACUUUGCUGGGUUUGGGAUGCUGUUGUGAUUUCCUUCUCAGACACCGUCACAGCAGGGAGGCUUCAGAGAAAAAGAGUACUUUUUAAAAUAAAAACAACAGGAAAAAGAAAUGUUGGGAUUUUUUUCUUUUAAGUUUUAUUUUUCCCUCCUCUCUGGCUACUUGUAGAGUUUAUGGCUAAGUAGUCUGUGCAGGUUCAUAGACUGAAGAAACCUAAGUUGAAGACAAAACACAAAUAGCCAAAACAAAGCAGAAAAAAACCUCCCUGAAACAGAAGGGCCUUCGUUCUGCAAAGACUGUGCAAAAUGCUCACUGAUGCAAAGGAAAUCAGAGCAGCUUAAAAGUCUGCAAGGCACUUUUCACACUCCUGACUCAAACUAAAGAAGAAAACAAAGUUUAUUUGGUGUGUUUCAUGUUCCAGUUCUAUUUUUCUAUUUUGGGGUGUUAGGUUUUAACAGCAAGGGACUUCGAUCAUUCGAUGCCAUAUGCCUUCACUGGCUUCUUGUGCAAUAAUAAUUUGGGGUUUGUUUUGAGUGUUCAAACCAAUAAGAGUUGGCUGCCCACUAAUAAUAAGAUAAUAAUUUUUCAAGUCUAAUAGUGCAACAGCAGCCAGCUUGAUUCAGAAAGGAUAAAUGAGAGCAAUUACUUCUUUCCUUUAUAUGAUUUUGAUCCUGGUUACAGUGCCAUAAACCUUGUUACAUAUGUAUAUCAGAAUGUACAAAAAUGUAGAACAAGCAAAGUUUAUUUAAAAAUAUUUUUCGCACAAAAUAUUGGUGUGUUUCAGUUGUCUAUGUAAAAGAAAUUUGAUUAUAAAACAAAAAAUCUUUUGGAAAGUGUGUGUCCUUUUAUUUCUUUAGCCAUUUUCCAUUUUCUUUCUAUGGGAUGGGGUUUUUCUUUUGUUCCCUUUGGUUUGUUUUUUUGUGGCAUUGUACCUUUCCCAUUGACAACAUUGAUCUCUCUUGUUUGGCAUCUCCCCUUCAGCGUUGUGUUCCUGUCCUCUGCUGGUGGAACAUGUUUUCUUUACUUUCUGCUGUACUCUUCCAUCUCUCUGUAACCAGGUUUUUCUUUCUGGUUCAGCUGAAUUAGCACUAUGGGUAAGGGCUUUUUGGAACAGACCUGUUAUUUCUACAGCUCAGUAGCCAUUUGGAAAAAUAAGAAAUAAUCUCCACUGAUUCCUUUUCAUAUUCCUGUAGUUAGCUUGUCUUCUAUGUUACAAAAUUGUCCAGUUUUUAGACAUAUGUUGGUCACAUGUUCUUUUCCCUGGCUUCUCUAUAGCCCUCUUGUUUAGCAGUUCCACAGUUCCUGGGAAUUGUCCUCCUGGGAUUUUCCCCUCCCUCUUGCCCUUCUUCCCUUCAUGCCACUCCUUUUCCAGCUGUGUCAGUGUUGUGUGGUGUGUAUUGUAGGGCUAAUGUUUCUGCCUGUGUCCCUUGGGCAGCUGACUUACACUUUCCUUGUUUGUACUCACUUUUUUUUUAAUGCUAUGGUAUGACCUGAUCUGUUCUGGAUUGUUACCACCUCUAAAAUUUAUUUGUAUGACCCUAAAAGGAGUUAAAAAAACAUUUUUCAUGUGAUUCUGUUGUGCAAACUGAUCUAUCCCAGGAAGGCUGAUAGCAGUAAAGGCUUUUUCUAGAUGAAAACCUACAUGGACUGAACCAAGUGUAAAACAGGACCUGUUGGAAAACUUAAUGUAUAGUCACAUUAGACAUGUAUAUUUUUGUGGACAUUUUACUUAAAAUAUUGUUACUAUACCGACACUUUCUUGAAACUUAUCCCUUUAUUAAAUUAUUUUUCUACUGGA